AGAAGCUCUCAAAGUUCGGGACAACAUGGAUGAAGUAGCAUUGGAGAUGGAUGUCUGGUUAGACCCUGCUGUGCCCCUUAUUGAUAUACAUUUUUCCUGGACUGGGAACUAUUCCAAUGGCUCAAUGAGCAACAUCUCCGCUGGCAACAGCUCUGAUCACCCAUACCCUUACUAUCAGCAUUCCCCUCCUGUGGCGGCCAGUUUGAUCUUGGUCUAUCUCUUCAUCUUUCUACUGUGUAUGGUGGGAAACGGCCUGGUGUGCUUAAUCGUGGUAAAGAACCGGCGCAUGAGAACCGUCACAAACCUCUUCAUCCUUAACCUGGCUGUCAGCGAUCUGCUCGUGGGAAUCUUCUGCAUACCCACCACCCUUGUGGACAACCUCAUCACAGGCUGGCCGUUUUCCAACAUGGUGUGCAAGAUAAGUGGCCUGGUGCAGGGGAUGUCUGUGUCAGCGUCUGUGUUCACCCUCGUGGCCAUCGCUGUCGACAGGUUCCGGUGUAUUGUGUAUCCUUUCCAGCCUAAACUAACUCUGCUUGUUGCCAAGGCAACCAUAGGAAUGAUAUGGGUCCUGGCCAUAGUGAUAAUCAGUCCAUCUGCGGUGAUGCUGACUGUGGAGCGAAUGGAGAACCACUACAUGGUCCACAAUCAAGACUACAACCACACUUACCCCAUGUACAGGUGCUUUGAGAACUGGCCCGAUCCCAAAAUGCACAAAAUCUACACCAUGGUGCUGUUUGCUCACAUUUACCUGGUGCCGCUCAGUCUGAUCAUCCUGAUGUACAGCUGCAUCGGGGUGAAACUGUACACCACCACCGUGGUGUCAAGCGGGGAGCCUCACGAGACGCAGCCACACGGGGCCAGGCCACUGGUGUCCAACAAGAAGAUCAAAAUCAUCAAGAUGCUUAGCAUGGUGGCUCUGCUCUUCAUGCUGUCAUGGCUUCCGCUGUGGACUCUGCUGCUUCUGAUCGACUACGGCGACCUGAACAAGGACCAGCUGGAGCUGCUGACGAGCUACUUCUUCCCAUUCGCUCACUGGCUGGCCUUCUCCAACUCCAGUGUCAACCCCAUUAUUUAUGGCUACUACAACGAGAACUUCAAAAGAGGUUUCCAGGCCAUCUGCCAGACCUACUCCUGCUGCUGCCACCUGCAGAGUGGGCUCAGGCCCAGAGACAGCAGAGAGGGGGGCCAAGCCAACUUAGCUUACGGCCUGAGAAACAUGGCGACUAACACCAACGCCCUGAACUUCGCAGUGAGAAACCGAGUGCACACGGGCAAGGACCUGCAGGAGUCGGUGCACAUCGAGCUGGAGCCACGAAAGAAACCCUGGAGAUAUGCUGAGACUGGCGAGUCGGAAACAGUGCCAGGGGACAGCUCCAGAGCCAGUGACAUGAACAAUAAAAAAGGUCCUCAGACUGAGAAUGUGGAGAUGAUGAGCCCAAACAGUGCCAGAAUAAGUCAGGCCUGGGACCAUUAAGGGCUGAUGAAGUGUGAAGAAGCACAAAGACAAAGUGUCAUGGAGAUGAAAUAUACACACCUUGACCAGUGCAGUAUUGUUGUUUGUCAUGUUCAUGUCAUGUUCUCCUCGUUCAAACUACUGAGAACAAGCACAUGAAGAAAAGUACUGUAAGUGUAUGAAAGGACAAUGAGCGAUAAGGUGAAGAACAAUUCAGCCUUUCACAAAUGUGAAAAUGUAUAUAAUUUUCUCCAAAAAGCACUUUGGGACAUAAAAUGGGUUAAGUUUUCAAGAUGCCUGUUUAAAGGUGACACUGAACUAGAGUUGUUGUAAAAACAAAGGAAGCAAAGGAUAGCCUUGGGUAAGGGCAUGGAUCAUAACAAUGUUGGGUGAGUGUUUGGGUUGCUGUUUUUUGUGUGCACCUCGGGUGUGUGCGUGAGUGUGUGCAUGCCAGUUUCUGGCUGUGUGUAUGUGCAUUGAGUGUCUGUGUGUGGGCAUGAUGUAAUUACAUUAUAUGCUUGGUGUAUUUUUCCAGUGCUCUACGCAAGUCUUGUUAUUUCAGUGUCGCAUGCCAAUAUUGUGGCAUAUGACAGAAAAAAAUAUGUAGACAGUUUAUUAUUAAAUGUAUGCAUAAUUUAAGUGAGGUGUGAAUCUCAUCCCAAUGCCCUCUACAUCAGCCUGGUGAUUCACAAAACGUAUUGCAUUAGCACCUAUUCCAGGAAUACUUGGGAGUUGUGGCACUCACUAGAGCAAUUCAACCGAGACCCUUAGGGCUGAAUUUAACGGAGUACACAACCUCCAAUCCAACAAUGGUGUCACUUCUUUGAUGUUCUUGAAAAGUAAAAAAAAAAAAAGGUGUUAGUUGAAGACGAAUUCAGUUUGUCAUUCUAGUGAUUGCAUAGUUUUACAUAGUACAUAGUUUUGCUCCUGGUCUUACAGCAAUGAAUUUAACACUGCCUGAUAGGUCAACUCUUUGUGAACACAGAUGUUAUGACCAGGAUCUACCAAAAGCUGUGAAGCAGAAAACUAUGUCAAUGAUGGCAUUUGAUUGUAUUAAGGGUAACUAGGCUGGCAAACAAUAUGUAUAUAAGAUGUAAAUAAACAGAGGAGAAAUUGUGAAUAGCAUUAAGUAGCUGUAAGCAGAGGGUUUCUGUAAGUGGAUCAGGUAGAAAAGACUGCAGCAGCAUCCCACAGUGGAGAUGGUCUAGAGCAGUAGGGUAAGAGACAAAGUGAGUGGACAGAGCUAGGUUGCCUUAUAUGUGUAUAUGUAAUUACAGGUUAUGGUGAUGAGGAAUAAUGUAAUCACAGUCAUCAGCAUUUGCUGGCAAAGGUCCUACUAUAUAGGAGAGAACAUGUUAGUAAACAGAAUAUUAUACAUACACAACAAAAGAUUUCACAUGUGUGUAUAGACGAUGCACUAACUUAUACCUAAUUAUCUAAACAUCAAUCUCAUUACACCAUGGCAUGCCACAGGCUAUCCAGGGUAAGGGGUGUGAGGGUAACACCCUCAGGAAUACAAACCCGGAUUCGGGUAAGGGUAGGAAUUUGAUACAGACCUAGGUUAGGGUAAGGGAAGGGGCUCAGGAGAGCCUCCUAUUGUGCUUUUUGAUACUCUUGAAACUCUAAGAAGACUUGCACUCUGGGAACAAAGAGGUCUUGGUGGGCAUUAGUGGACAAUUCAUUCCUUGAAGUAAUUUGGAGCAAAGCCAUUUAGAGCAUUGUACGUUAGAAGGAGUACAUUGACAUCAAUUCUACUUUUGACAGGGAGUCAGAGUAAAGAGGCAAGUACAGGUGAGGCAUGUAGUAAGUGUACGAGGAGCAGCGUUCUGGAUUAGUUGGAAGCUCUUUAGUAAGUUGUUGCUAUAUCCAGACAGGAGUGCAUUGCAGUAGUGUAGUCGCGAAGUAAUACAUGCGUGGAAUUAGGGCUGAACGAUUAAUUGAAUUUGCGAUUAAAUCGCGAUUUGGUAAAACGCGAUUUUCUAACCGCAACGUCCGCGAUUACAACGUGGUUUAAAAAAAAAGAAAAAAGAUGGU